CCGCUGGAUGAUGGGAGAAGCUUACAUCUAGAAAGAGCCAGCUUGGGCGUGGUAUCGUCCACAAAUACUUCACAUUGCUGAUCACAGCAUGCUUCCUCUUUCAAACUGAAACUGGAGUCUUGAUUCAGUUAAGACAGAGGAACUGAUGCAGGGAGAGAGACGCUGAGGCAUGGGAUGACACGGAAACAGAACCAUUUUGGACCUGAAGAUCAGAUAGUGCCCCUCUGUGCUGCUCCCAGCCUUUGGAUAAAAGGACAACUUGUAGAGUGAAAGAAGUCACGCGUUUUCUGAACUGUUACUAGCACACACUUUUCGGAAGGAAUUUGCACACCUCAUCAUAUUGAAGGGUAUGUUACAAUUUUGAGUUUAUAAAGAUAGAUAGGUUGAAAUCAAUGACUGAUUUGUUUUUCAUUGCAAAAUUUUAACAGAAUUUGUCUCUCCUGGCUGUCUCUUUUCAUAAUGCUGACUUCACAAGCCUCAGUGUCUGGUAGCUGUACUGAUUGCUAAUUGUAUAUUUUCUGCUGCAAGGAAAAUACUGGUGGCCGGCAGGUCAUACUGGGAACCCUACCAUUGGAGGCAGAGUUCUCUACUUCAGAGAGGGUGAAAAUGCCAAAAGUUAAUUAUUAUCACUUAAAUUCACUUUAAAUGGAGAAGUAUAUUAUGUAAAUAAUUUCAAAGGAAUGUUUAGCCUUCUAGUUCCCUGUAUUCACUGCUGCUGAAUUUGGUACUAAUAGAUGACUUUUUCAUAAUUUAGGAAAUAAUCUUCCAUGAAAGUGCAUGUUAAAAAUAGGCAUGUUUAAAAAUAGGGUGAGUUGGAGAGGGGCUUCAGAGAAAGGAGGUAAGUAAUGGACUAACUUGUGACACAGCAGGACAGUGGGAUUGAGAUGCUUUUAAAUUGAAGAUAUAAUUGAUUCACCCUGUGCUCACUGUCUUCUAAUUAGAGUUUAGGUAUGGGAGCAAAUGUUACUGAGCUAUGCUGUAUGCUAGAAAGUCCAGGCUAUGUUGCUUAGUGUGUCCCCUUAAAACAAAAGCAAAAGCUGGUUACUUCUAUGGCUUUUUUACCAUUUUUUUUCUCAUAAGCACUGUAAAAACUUCCUGAAACUGGAAUCGGGAUAGGUGGAGUAGGAAGCUGCUGCAUUAAGAUGGUAUCUUAUUACUUUGUUACAACAUACUUUUUAUCCAAAUCUUGAUGUGAAAUGUGUACGGACUUCUACAAACUCCUUUUUGACAUUUCUGAAGCUUUGGUCGCAGAUGAACUUGCGGCUCUGAAGUUCCUCAGCCUGGAGCACAUCCCUAUGGGGAAGCUGGAAGACAUCCAGGAUCCCAAGGCCUUCUUUAGAGAGCUGCAGGAGAAAGGCAUGAUCAAAGCGGAUAACCUGUCAUUCUUGAAGGAGCUGCUCUACCGGAUCAAUCGGAUUGACCUCCUGGAAACCCAGCUGGACUCUAGCCGACAGAAGAUGGAGAAGGAGCUCCAGAUCCCAGGCAGGGCAAAGGUGUCAGACUACAGGCAACUGCUAUAUGGAAUUGCAGAGGACUUGACUCCAGAAGAUGUGAAGUGCGUGAAGUUCCUGCUCCAAAAACAAAUACCCAACAGCAAGCUCCAGGAUAAUGCUUCAAUGUUGAAGGUCUUAUUGGAAAUGGAAAAAAAUGGGUUAAUUAAAGAAGAUGAUGUGGCAAUGCUGAAAGAUAUAUUAAAGGAAUUUAGAGCUGACAUAAAGAAAAAAAUUGUUACCUAUGAAGAACAAAGAAAAGAAAAUGAUUCUAAGGAAGAACUCCACUGUCCAGUGUCUGUAUCUGUGCAUCCAGCAAGAAAAAGAACAGAGAAGGAGACACCACACCUGUCUGUGGAAUCAUAUAAGAUGAAAAAUAACCCUCAUGGUUACUGUGUGAUUCUUAACAACUACAUUUUUAAAAAUAAGUGUGAAAUCAGAAAAGGGACAAUUGAAGAUGGAAAGGCUGUGAAGAGGGUCUUUGAGUGGCUUCAGUUUGAGACAGUUGAGCACAUGGAUCUAGAAGCAAAGCAAAUAUAUGAGAAAGUUAAAACAUACAGUGAAAAAGAUCAUAGUAACAUGGACUGUUUCACUUGCUUCAUUUUUUCCCAUGGUGAAAAAGACAAAGUAAAAGGUGUUGAUGAUCAGUUUGUAAAUAUUAAAGAUUUAGUCUCCUGUUUCAGUGGAUCUAAUUGCCCUUCUCUUGCUGGCAAACCCAAGCUGUUUUUCAUCCAGGCUUGCCAAGGCUUUGUAGAUCAUCCACCUGUCACAGUAAAAGAAGACCUUUCUGGCCAUCUUGAGAUGGAUGUUACCCCUCUGAUUUCCAUUCCUGAUGAGGCUGAUAUUCUGGUUGGCAUGGCUACAGUGGAACACUACAAGUGCUAUCGCUUUACAGACACUGGAAGUGUUUAUAUACAAUGCCUCUGUGAAAAGAUGAAGUUGCUUUGCCCACUCGGCAAGGAUCUCCUCACCAUCCUGACAGAGGUGAGCAAGGAAGUGGGAAGAAAAGAUUUAAAUGGAUGGAAGCAGAUGCCAAAGAUAACAUCAACCCUACGGAAGCAAUUGAUCUUCCAAAUUCCAUAAUGUCAGUCAAUCAAAAUGGAGAAAAAUGUGAUUCCUAACCGAGUGUAUUCUUACCUGGAACGGGCUUUCAUGGGGAAAAGAAUUUGCAAGUGAAAUUAUCCUCAUCUGUGUAAUUAGCCUCAGUCUAUCAAGGGGCCAUUGGAUACCAAUUUUCCAAUUCCCAUGUUUAAUCAGUCUCCUGAGACCUGGAUUUGCAGCAGUCUGGGAACGCCGCGGAGGAGUACAGAUCUGACUUUCUGUCCUGCAGAGCAGUGGAGUCUGUUCAAUCUGCACUUCAAAUGAGGAAGCACCUGCAACUAUAAUGAUUUUUUUAAGAGUUAUUAGAUGCAAUGGAAGUCCUAUUUCUGUCCAAGUUGUAAGACCCUGAAAUCUGAAGAACAGAUGGAUUCAGAAUGCUGAUCCCUUCCCAGGGAGCAUGUGCAAGAUUGUAACUGAUUUAGCCACAGGUGAAUCAUUGGCUGUCUCUGGAAGCUGUGUACUUUUUCACAGAACAGAACGUGCUUGUCCAGAAGGACCGAAAAAAAGGAAAGAUUAUUAUGAUAAUACAAAUUUGGUUCUUUUCCUCCAAAUAUUUGGUUUCCCUUCUUUUUAAUUUACUUGGCUAAACAGCAUUGCUGUUUAGGUUUUUUAAUAGUAAGGGUUCUUGACUUUUUUCUCAGAGCUCUGAGGGGACAGUCUGUUUUGAACAGCUGUUAACCGCUGGAAGGAAGGUCCCACUCCGUUACAGAAUUACAGAAGCACGGAAUAGUCUGGGUUGGAAGGGACCUUCAAAGGUCAUCUAAACCAGUGAGCAGGGACAUCCUCAACUAGACCAGGUUGCCCAGAACCACAUCCAGCCUGGCCUUGAAUGUCUCCAGGGAUGGCACAUCCACCACCUCUCUGGGCAACCUGUGCCAGUGUUUUACCACCCUCAGUGUAAAGAAUUUCUUCCUCGCAUCCAGCCUGAAUCUCCCCUCUUUUCGUUUAAAACCAUCACCCCUCUUCCUGUCACAACAGGACCUGCUAAAACGUCUCUCCCCAUCUUUCUUUAUAGGCUCCUUUUAAGUACUGAAAGGCCACAGUAAGGUCUCCCUAGAAUCUUCUCUUCUCCAAGCUAAAUAACCUCAACUCUCUCAGCCUUUCCUCAUAGGAGAGUUGCUCCAGCCCUCUGAUCAUUUUUGUGGCUCUCCUCUGGACCCUCUCCAAUAGGUCUGUAUCUUUCCGGUACUGAGGAAUUCAGAGCUGGAUGCAGUACUCCAGGUGGGGUCUCACCAGAGCAGAGUGGCAGAAUUAGAUCCACUGCUCUGAGAUGCCUUCUCCCCCUGGCAACUGACUCCUGUGGACUCUUGUUUCUGUCAUAAUAAAUACUCUUGGUUUUCACAUC